UCGCUCCAUUCAAUUCAAACCUACACUCUGCCGGCGCACGUUAGCUCAACCCAAUGUCUUCCUCGAUACCGCCAGUCCAGCCUGGCAGGAUCCGGAUCCUGAAGCAAGGGUCCGACCGGAACUCGGUCGGGCCGGUGGUGUACUGGAUGUUCCGGGAUCAACGGCUGAGGGACAACUGGGCUCUGAUCCACGCCAUCCAUCAAGCUAAUAUGCUGCAGGUGCCCCUCGCCAUUGCUUUCAACCUCUUCCAUCAGUUCAAGGGCGCCAAAGCUCGCCACUUAGGGUUUAUGCUCAGAGGCCUCAGGAAACUGCAUUCGGAUCUCCUCUCCACACUCGAAAUCCCUUUUUUCUUGUUCCAGGGAGAAGCUGUUGACACAAUUCCAGAUUUUCUGGAAGAAUCCCAGGCUUCGCUUUUGGUAACAGACUUCUCACCGUUGAGGGAGGUUAGGCAGUGGAAAGAGGAAAUCUGCAAGAGGGUAACUGAGUCAGUUUCUAUUCAUGAAGUUGACGCGCACAAUGUGGUGCCUAUUUGGGUGGCAUCGGACAAAUUGGAAUACGCUGCCAGAACUCUAAGGGGCAAGAUAAACAAAAAGCUUCCUGAAUAUCUAGUUGAUUUCCCUGAACUCACGAGUCCAAUAAAAAAAUGGGAUUCCUCGGGUAAUUCAAUUGAAUGGGAGGACCUCAUUGUUAGUAUUGUAAGGCAAGGUGCAGAAGUUCCUGAACUUGAAUGGUGUGAGCCAGGUGAAAAGGCAGCUCUCGAAGUACUUAUGGGGGACAAGAGUGGAUUUCUGAAAGCAAGAUUGAAAAACUAUUCUUCGGACAGAAAUAAUCCGCUGAAACCCAAAGCAUUAUCCGGCCUCUCUCCUUAUUUGCAUUUUGGGCAGAUAUCAGCUCAGAGAUGUGCAUUAGAGGCAGAAAAAGUACGGAAAUUAUACACCAAGGCAGUUGAUGUGUUUCUGGAAGAAUUAAUUGUCCGCAGAGAACUUGCUGAUAACUUCUGCUUCUACCAGCCACAUUAUGAUUCUCUAGAAGGUGCUUGGGAGUGGGCUCGCAAGACUUUAAUGGACCAUGCCUCUGAUAAACGAGAACACACAUACACGAGAGAGCAGUUGGAGAAAGCACAAACAGCUGAUCCACUUUGGAAUGCUUCUCAGUUGGAAAUGGUUCAUUAUGGAAAGAUGCAUGGUUUUAUGAGGAUGUAUUGGGCAAAAAAGAUUCUUGAAUGGACUAGUGGACCAGAAGAAGCACUAGCAACAUCAAUAUACUUGAAUGAUAAAUAUCAAAUAGACGGCAGGGAUCCAAAUGGAUACGUCGGGUGCAUGUGGUCAAUAUGUGGAGUGCAUGAUCAGGGGUGGCGAGAGCGAGCAGUUUUUGGAAAAAUUCGGUACAUGAACUAUGCCGGUUGCAAGAGAAAAUUUGAUGUGGAAGGCUACAUUGCAUAUAUAAAGAGGAUAGUCGGCGAAUGCAAGAAAAGGAAAGCAGAAGCUCUCCUUAACAGCAAAGCAAAGCAACUGCACACCUAAGGCUAAGAAUUUGGUGCUGCAUAUGUGACUGGCUAACUUUAUAGAGUCAUAUGAACUCUCAGCAUAAAUAACAUUAGAAAUUUCGAGAAAAUAGAGAUUUGAUAAUUGAUAUCAGGUGUACUGUUUAUGGGAUACGAGCAAUGUUGACAUUUCUGAAGUAUUCAGGAACCAAUACUUUUGUAA